AGAGCUGGACGCAGGCUCCAUGGAGCAUCCCUGCACCCCGCGGUUCCUCCUUGCAGCGGAGCCGUUAGCGAGGGCAUGACCCGGGCUGGAAGUGCUGAGAUCAGUAAGCGAAGGGCCUGGCCACGCUCUCUGCCUCCAUGUGACUGCAGUUUCCGUUACCUCCUUCCGCAAAGGCUAUAUUAGUGCUAAGCCAGAAAGCGGCUGCAAGAGAAGCCCAGUGGGGUCCCACCUCCCCUUGGUCCCCUCGAGAGCUGCCGGCGUGGCCGUGGCUGCAGGAUGAGUUGCGGCAAACCCUGUGCGCCGCCCUACGCGGACUGCCGCCGCUGAGAUGGAGGCCCCGCUCCCUGGUCUAUCCCUGCUUCUGGUCCUCCUGGCAGUGCGAUGGGGAAGCGGGGCAGCCAAAGCCUGGGCAACAUCUCCUGGUGGCUGCGAGGCCGUGCAGAGCACCAUGGACUGCACUGGGAGAUGGCUGAGCUCCAUCCCAGGAGACCUUCGAGGAGAUACUGAGGAGCUGUUGCUUGAUGACAACACUAUCCAGGUUGUGGGCAACGCCUCUCUGCUCUCAUACCACCAGCUGCGGUGUCUCAGCGUGACCAAGAACAGGCUGAAGCUCAUUGAGCCUGGGGCCUUCCUCAACAGCCAAGGCCUCCAUGUGCUCUCCUUGGCAGAGAACCUCCUCUUCACCAACUACUCACUGACAGCAGCUGCUCUUUCUGCUCUGCCAGCCUUGAGGACGUUGGACCUAGCUGGAAACCGCCUCACUGAGGACAUGGUAUCAGUUUUGGUCUGGAACCUAUCCUCCUUGAAAUCCUUGUCCGUGGCCAGAAACAUCAUCAUGAGGCUGGACUCGUCCAUCUUUGUGAACCUGACACAGCUGUUGGAGCUGAACCUGGAAAAGAACUACAUCUUUGAGAUAGACCAAGCUUUUGAAGGGCUGCAGAGGCUGCAGAAGCUCAACAUAGCCUACAACUACCUCCCGUGCGUAGUGGAGUUUGGCCUGACACAGCUUAGGGUGCUCAAUGUCAGCCACAACGUCAUUGAGUGGUUUCUGGCCCUGGAAAGUGAUGACCUCUUUGAGCUGGAGGUGCUGGACCUGUCCCACAACCGCCUCCUCUUCUUCCCCUUGUUGCCCCGGCAGAGCAAGCUGCACUCCUUGCUGCUGAAGGACAACGAGAUGAGCUUCUACCAGCGCCUCCCCAAUGGCACGUCCCUGGCCAACGUCACAGUACAGUUCCUGCUCAUUGAUGGCAACUCCACCACCAUCACGACGGUCAGCCUUUGGGAUGAGAUCUGCCACAGCAACCUCUCCUCCCUGCGCCUUCUGGACAUGAGCCAGAACCAGGUCUGGUACCUGCCAGAGGGCUUCCUGGCCCAGAUGCCCUCCUUGACCCACCUGAAACUCAACCAGAACUGCCUGGAGACAUUUCAUCUGUUGGAAGGGGACCCCUUGGACAUGCUGAUGGAGCUGGACCUCAGCCAGAACCGGCUGGCAGAGCUGGGGUUGGAGGUGGAUGCUGGGGACAUCCUGCCCAACCUGCAGCUCUUCAACCUCAGCUACAACCAGCUGCGGACGCUUCCUCACGGGGUUUUCACCCACACCAGGAGAAUCACUACCGUGGACCUCAGCCGCAACCGGGUCGACCUCUGUCCCCAGCCAGUUGAGGCAGUUGAGGCAGAGAGUCCCCCUUGUGUGGACAUCAGGGGUGUUGAGACCUUGACUCAUCUCUCCUUGGCCGGCUGUGGUCUGCGGGGACUGGGUGGCCACCCUUUCCAGGGGACAUCGCUGAUCCACCUGGACCUCUCUGACAAUCACCAGGUCCUGUCUGGGGACCUGGAGUGGCUGCAGGACCUCGCUCUGACGCUGCAGGUGUUGUCUUUGAGGAACACCAGCCUCUCCUCCACCGCCGUGGACUUCUCUGCCUUCCACAGCCUUGUGCAUUUGGACCUUUCAGGGAACUCUUUGACCCUCUUCCCCACCUCGCUGGGUGUCGUGAACCUUCGCAGCCUGGAUCUGCGGGACAACUGCCUCCCAGCUCUGCCGUCGGACGUCACACGGACACCUCUGGGGAAGAGCCUGCGGGAGGUCUACCUCAGCCGCAACCCCUACAACUGCUGCACUCUGGGCUGGUGGGACGCCCUGCAGCGGGUCGAGGAGUUGCGUGUCCUCGAUGGGCGGGAGGUGACCUGCAACUACACCUCCCGCACGCUGCGCCCCUGGGCGCUGCCCGAGCCCGUCCUGAGGAGCUGCCGCUGGCAGACGGCCGACCUGGCCCUCCUCUACCUGGUGCUGGCCCUGCCCACCUGCCUGACGCUCCUGGUGGCCUUCACUGUUGUCUUCCUCACGUUCAAGGAAAAGCUGCUAAAAAUGGUGAAAAGCCGGUGCGGGGUGUCCAGCCCUUACUGAGGGCCGGGGGAGGAGGAGGAGGAGAAGGAAGGGCUUGGGAGUGGAUUGUCAGAUUUACACAUGAUAACCCCUCUGAGAUAGCUGAAAUGGGGACUUUAGGGAUGGUAGACCAUGGGAGAGCUGCUGUUCCAGCUCUGGAUGCCCAAUGGUAUGUGAAGGGCACAGGGCUGCGGCUGGUGGUGGAGCCGGGGCCACGCUGGGCAUCCUGAGAGGACACAUCUCCAGCAGGAGCCUUCAGCUGAUGUUGGUGAGAGCCAAGCAGACGUGACACUGAACGCUCUUGGCCAGAGGGGCAUGGACAGUUGCCCUUCAAGCGCUGGUUUUUGCCCCACUUCAGGCAGUUCCUUUUAUUUAUGAGAAGGACUUGGGGUGCUGAGGGAGGAGCUCAACGUGAGCCGGCAACGAGUGCUCACAGCCCAGAAACCACCCGUGUCCUGGGCUGCAUCCAGAGCUGUGGGACCAGCAGGGAGGGAGGGGAUUCUGCCCCUCUGCUCCGCUCUGAGAGACCCACCUGGAGCCCUGAGUCCAGUUCUGGAGUUCUUAAUGUAAGAAGGAGAUGGAACUGUUAUAACGGGUCCAGGGGAGGCCAUGGAGAUGAUCCGAGGGCUGGAGCACCUCCUGGAUGGGGACAGGCUGAGAGAGUUGGGGUUGUUCAGCCUGGAGAAGAGAAGGCUGUGGGGAGACCUUAGAGCAGCUUCCAGUGCUGAAAGGGUCUCCAGGAAAGCUGCGGAGGUGCUCUGGAUCAGGAAGGGCAGGGACAGGACGAGGAAGAAAAGUUUUCAGCUGAAAUCUCCAUUUUCAGUACACGAUGGGGGACGACGUGCUUGAGAGCUGCCCUGCAGAGAAGGACUCGGGGCUGCUGGUCGAUGAGAAGCUCGACAGGAGCCAGCAAUGUGCGCUCGCAGCCCAGAAGGCCAACUGUGUCCUGGGCUCAUCAAAAGCAGUGUGGCCAGCAGGGCGAGGGAGGGAAUUCUGCCCUUCUGUUCCUCUCUUGUAAGAUCUCGUCUGGAGGAUUGUGUCCAGUUCUGGAAUCCUCAACGUAAGAAGGACAUGGAACAGGUCCAGAGGAGGGCUGCAAAGAUGAUUGGAGGGCUGGAGCACCUUCCCUACGAGGACAGGCUGAGAGAGUUGAGCCUGUUCGGUCUGGAGAAGAGAAGGCUCAGAGGAGACAUUACAGUGACCUUUCAGUACCUGAAGGGCCUAUGGGAAAGCUGGAGAGGGGCUGUUCAUAAAGGCUUGUGGGGAUAGGACAAAGGGGAAUGGGUCUAAACUGGAGAGGGGCAGAUUUAGACUGGACAUUAGGAAGAAUUUCUUCACCAUGAGAGUGGUGAGGCCCUGGCCCAGGGAGGCUGUGGAUGCUCCAUCCCUGGAGGGGUUCCAGGCCAGGUUGGAUGGGCCUUGGGCAGCCUGAGCCAGUGGGAGGUGUCCCUGCCCAUGGCAGAGGGUGGGAUUGGAUGGGCUUUGAGGUCCCUUCCAACCCAAACCAUCCCAUGGUUCUAUGAUUUAUCCAUCCCGUAGCCAACUCUCUGCUGCAAAACAUCUUCUGAUUCCGUGUCCAGCCUCCACGAGUUGCCUGGGGCUGGAGGCACCAUCACCAGGAGGCUGUGGUGAAAGGUCUCGGUGGCAGCCGCUCCCCAUGCCUCCUCUCCCGCAGCAGCUGCCGGCACCGUCAAACCCUCCAGCAGCCCUGAGUGUGCACUCCUGUGUGUGCUGAUAAGACAGGCGUUGUCUGCACAGCUGAAAGACACGUUUUGUCUUUCUGGUGGUGUUGCUUUGUUAGUGGUGAUCCUGGCCAGAAGAGCCCAUCCAAACCAGCCCAAGCCACAACGAAGUAAAAUAUUGACUAAGAGAAAGGAGAAUAAAUGAUAACGGGUAAUACUUGACCAUCAAUUCCUUCUUCUCAAGCAACUGCUGUGUCAAACAGAUGCAAAGGAGAUAAAAGAAGAGGAAGCCCUCCUCCUCGUUGUACAAGCCCCACUCUUGUGGGCUGAGGGAGUUCCUGCACCCCUCCCCGGGGCGCAGGCUGGACCAGCAGCACCUGGGGAAGAGCGGUGUCGGUCCUUGGAGGGUUCCCGUGGGAGGAAACGAGGUGAGGGUGGUUUGUGCUCGCUCAGAAGCCGUGCUGAGACACAGAGCAGCUUCAUUCUCACAGCGCUGGGAUGUCUCCAGUGAAAUGUGUGCCUGAGUUUAACGGGAACAU